GCGAUACAGAGUCCGCGGUUUAGAGUUCGUAGUGAAAAAUGGCCGGCGCGAACGAUUGUUUCAGCAUUGGGAGUACGGUGGCCUGUAAAACCUGUUACAAGGAGGAGAUCGAAGGCGAGGUGUUAGCGUUCGAUCCACAAACUAAAAUGCUGAUCCUAAAAUGUCCGUCAUCUAGUGGUGCACCAACAUUAAACGAUGUACACAUAGUAAAUUUAUCCUUGGUAUCCGAGGUCCAAGUUAAGCGGGAAGUUAGUCCUACAACUAGUGAACCACCACAAAGCCUUAAUUUGCAAAAACUAAACAGAAGAGUACGUAAUCAAAUUGAAGAGAAAAAAAAACUGGUAAUGGCUCUGCAGGCCGGAGUAUCUCCAGAAGGACAGAAACUCUUCAAUACAAUAUCAAAGACCAUUCCAGAAAUCACGUGGAAUGGUGCCAAUAUUGUUGUAUUUGACAAUGUCACGAUUAGACCGCCGUACAAAGUGGACAAUGUUCAUGGAAAUGCAGAGUCAGGAGCGUACAAACAUGUAAAGAAAGUGGUGGAGAAACACAUUAAAGAUACGGAAGCGUCCGCGCAAGCACAACAGCGAGAACAACAGCAACAACAAAAGCAAAAAGGAGGCGCGAUGCAAUAAAAGUUCAAAAAGGCACUAUAUCACAAAUAAAGCUACCAUGCUUUCACGGAAGUUCCAGUCUUUGAAGAAACGUAGGAAACGACGAUAAUGAGAUACAAAACAAAAAAAAGUAACAAAAAACCAUUGCAGAACUAUUAGAUAAGCCUACCUUGAAAAUCAGCGUCGUAGAUUAAAUUCAAUUUGUUUCGAUAAAAGAGCAUUUCGUGGAAAGAAAAUGCUAACGGAUUAUCGAAAUUCAAAACGAAUACCAAAUACAUUGAUUGUAUUGUAUGAGCAGCAUUUUGUAAAGAAACGAAACACACCGUACUCGAUUUUUAACACAGAGCAUAAAGUCUUCGACGAAGGACGCUGUUUAUUUUAUCUAAGCUGCCAUACAACCUUAUGUUCUGCUGGAACUAUUGUUCGUACAUGUGCUCUGAUGCAGGUGUGUUUUAGUUUAGUUUAACAUUGUUACAAAAUACGUUUAAUAGUUGUUUACAGAUCACUGAUAUACAAGAUGGUAGCAUGAUUCUAUCGCCAUACAAGUAUCAGGUUUUUAAAAUACAAAUCGGUCAUCGUGGUAUGAUUUAAGCCCGUAUGAAACGGUUCAACCUUUUUAACUAAUACCGUAAAUGACAAAACAACAAACGAUCAACGAAAAUUUUCAUACGCGAAUCAUCCGAUUUCAAUAUUGACUGAAAUCUUACGUUCAUUCGUAAACUGUAAUACCAUUUCUUUUAAAUCACUCAUCAUAGUAAUUUCGAGUGCGUCAAAUUUGUAAACAAACAAAGAAAAAACGAAAAAUAUAAACGUUCAAUACUUGAUCACGCCUGCGUCGGCACGAGACGUCUUCAGUUAUUAAAUUAAUGUCGUUGCAAGAUGAUAAAGGACAUAUUCCCUUGCAUAGAACAAGCUACACAAUUGUUAUUUAAAGAAACAAUGACUUGAUUUAUGCAAGGGUAUCCGUCUUGCAUCGACGAAACACGGAAUUCGUCUCGUGCCCUUUACUUUUUGAACGCGGAGAAAAAAUGUAA